UUGUCAGGAAAACUUGUACAUGCGCACCUGUUAUUGCUGUACAUAUUUCGGGAAAGGACUAUCGAUAUACAACAAAAACACCUUUAUUCCGUCCAGUUCACAGGUGGAUAUAGGCCAUGGAGCCUAUGGAUCAGGACGAAACCCUCCAACAGGCCACAGUGUACCAGAGAGACAGCGUAUAUGGCACUCUAGGGAACUUUGAGAUUGAAAAAAAAAUUGGCAAGGGUCAAUUUUCUGAGGUUUACAGAGCACGAUGUAAGGUUGAUGGAAGCGUUGUAGCUUUGAAAAAAGUUCAGAUAUUUGAAAUGAUGGAUGCAAAAGCAAGACAAGAUUGUAUAAAAGAGAUUGACCUCCUGAAACAAUUGAACCAUCCAAAUGUGAUAAAAUACCUGUCGUCUUUCAUAGAAAAUAACGAGCUUAAUAUUGUACUAGAGUUGGCAGAUGCAGGGGAUCUGUCUCGUAUGAUUAAGCAUUUUAAAAAACAGAACAGAUUGAUACCAGAGAAAACGAUAUGGAAAUAUUUUAUACAGAUAUGUGGAGCUCUGGAACACAUGCACUCCAGACGAAUCAUGCACAGAGACAUAAAACCAGCCAAUGUAUUUAUUACAGCACAGGGCAGAGUAAAACUUGGGGACCUUGGAUUAGGUCGUUUCUUCAGCUCAAAGACCACAGCUGCUCAUUCCCUAGUUGGGACCCCAUAUUAUAUGUCUCCGGAAAGGAUCCAUGAGACAGGUUAUAACUUCAAGUCAGACAUGUGGUCCUUAGGAUGUCUGUUAUAUGAGAUGGCAGCUUUGCAGUCCCCUUUCUAUGGAGACAAGAUGAACUUGUACUCUCUUUGUAAAAAGAUUGACCAGUGUGAUUACCCACCUUUGCCAGCCGAUUGGUACUCAGAAGAUCUAAGGAACCUGAUUGCCAUUUGUAUCAACCCAAAGCCAGAACAGCGGCCCGACAUUACCUAUGUAAAUGAAGUGGCUCAGCAGAUGCACCAACGCCACAGUCAGGCCACACCCACCAUGCCACAGGCCCAGCAUCCACAUCACCCCCACCUCCAGCAGCCUCCAAACCAGACACAGUUCCAACAGCAUCCAGCCAUGGUUGCCCAACAACCACAGUUACAACAACAAGAGAUACCCCAGCAACCAACACAGCAACCACAACAGGAACAAGUUGUGUAAAAUACAUCACCAGAAAUGAUCCGUCUCAUAUUCAAAACCAUAUUAAAUUCAAAGGAACAGUAUUACAUUUUUAUUUGAUCAAUAUUGCUCAUUUGAAACGAUCACAUUUAUCGCUUUCCAUUUGACAUGUGCAUCAUGUGUCCUUCUAAACGGUUGUUAAUUUUAGUGAACAAUCUACAUGAUUGACAAAUUCAUGUUCCUUAGCCAUUGUCGGAAGUGUGAAAAUUGUAUUACCACGUAACCCGUAGCUGAACACUAUGUUGAAAGCUGAUGUUGAAUAGUCACGGGUCUCAAUCUUAAUGCAUGAAUUGGAGAAAUGUUUUGAUCAGAGAAAUAGUAGAAGGCAAGAUUAUGAAAUCUCUCUGGGUUUGUUUAUUCAAUUUUUUUAUUUAACUGUACAGGUUAUUCAAGAAAUUCAGGCCUUGGGAAUAAAUGGGAUUUUUCAUCCUUUAAAAUUAGAAACUUUACAUUUUAAAUUUGGAAAUCUUUAUACAUUUUUGUAGCUAAAUAAAAUGAUUCCAUUUGAUCAAUCUAAAACUUAAGGCCUUGUGGAACUAUAUAAUAAAUGGAGUUAGUAUUUAAGAUCCAUUCUUCUGGAACUAAAGCACCAGUAUAACAUGAAACAUCACUUUCUUUUGUAAUUUUCUGCUGCAGCCACGAAAAACUGAAAGUAAAUACACAGUGAUAUUGUAUGCAUGUUUGAUAUCCAUCGUAUCAGAUCAUUGUAUAGUUAUCACUUCUCUGUACAGGUUCAAGGGAAGUAACUUUAAUAUCAGCACGUGUCUGAACUCGCUACAUUCCACAUAAGUAUCUACUUUAUUGACAAAGUGGAUUCGGUUUUGUUAUAUAUGUGUUUGUUCAUUCAUAAAAUCAUGUGUCAAAACUCCCAUCAAACAUUAUUGAAAUGAUACAAUAAACACAAAUAUGAUAUGAAAGGUUAUAGAUAGUUUUAUAAGAGAUUAAACAUUUUGUGAUGCCUAUUUAUGAAAAAUUCAAACCAGGCUAAUAAGGCCAUUUAUGAAGUAAUAAAACUUUCCUAGAAUCACAUUUAAUAUUUUGCAAGUAAACUUUUGAAAUUAGAUAAUCAGUAUAUUUAAUGCAGAAUUAACUGGUGUGUCAAAAGUAAAACUGAUCAGUAUGCAUAGAAUACUCAAUACAUUUGAGUUGGUCCAGUACAGGAGUACAGUAGAUCUACACAUGAAGUAAUUUGUAGGUUAACUAAUCAAUUAUAGUUCCUCAGUUAAUUAACUGGUAUUGUUAAUUGUGUGAUGUUGUAGAUUCUGUCAUCAAUGUGUUAAGCUCAGUUCUGUUGAUCUGUUUUAAUUGAGCAGAAAUGUAUCAUUAGUCUGGUUCUAUCAGAUGUUUUGAUUGAGUAGAAAAGUAUCAUUAGUCCGGUUCUAUCAGAUGUUUUGAUUAAGUAGACUGAAAUCCAUCAUAAGUUUGUUUGGCACUAUGUUAUAGUUUUAUUUGCUAAGCAUCAAAUGUUUGCAUAAUACUGUAGACCUGCUGUUGUUAUCUAACCCUCAUGGAUUGUGUAUAGGGAGGUCAUUCACAGACUAAGGAUUAUCAGUUGUUAGAGUUAUACAUUUUUUCUUGUCUUUCAUUUUUUUUUUAUGGUGGUUAAUAAAAAAAAAAUGAGGGCUUUGUUAGCAUUCCAGAUCACUAUACUAUGUUUUCUGCUGUUUAUUAGAUCUGUAAGAAGUGUUAUAAUUUAUUCAUUUCAUUUGUCCUCAGACUUGGAAAGAUCUGCUUUAGAAAUAUGAAGGCAUGGCCUCAAAUAGAUUCUGAAGUUGUAUACCAGUAUUUCAGUAUGUUUUACAUCAUGGAAUUAUGGGACCAUGAAAAUACUUAAACAAUGCUGUCCUUAUGGUUAGUGUCUGGAAUAGAAAACAGAAGCAUCUGGUGUUCAUUAUUGACUUUUUCUGUUAUAUCAGAUCACUCAACAACAGUUCCCUAUAACUUGUGAGAGUCAUUUUAGUUUACAGCAUUCAUCAUCAAUUUCAACUUUAAAAGACUAUUAGGUUAGAACCACUGGACUAAAUGAAAUGUAGGCCUGCUGUGGACUGAGAGGCAGGGCACCUAUUAAAGUUUGUAUGAAGCAUUCCGAAACCAGGAAAUUGGUGUUGUAUAACUGGGGGCUUAGACUUUGUCCCCCAUCCCUGCCCUACCUAAAGCAGAGGUGUGAGACUCAUGUGGGGCAUUUGAAUAGCUGCUAUAGGCUAAUAUAUAUGUAUUGUAUAUGUUUGACAUUUUUUGAAUCCAAUUCGGUAUGAAGCUCUAGAUCAAUUUUAACCAAAAUUGAAAAAUGCACUUACAUUCCCCUCUACAAGUACCAAACAUUGUUGUUGUAAAACUCCUAGGGUUGGAAAAAGAAAAUUGCAUCCAUUUACUCGGAUAACAAAUAAAAACAGCCAAUAGAUCCAAAAUCCUCUUUUUUGGUUUAAGAUAAUAUCCAGAAGUUUCUAUUUACUGAAGUAGUUUAGCAUUUAUGAUUAUUGUGAUUUUCAGCAUUAUUAUUUGUUAAUUAUUGCAGAUUUUUGUUUUACUUAAGCAUUUUAAUCUAGCUGAUUUGCUGGCUCGUGUGAAACCAACACUGUUAUUAAUAUAUAUUAUUGAUUCACUAGAUUAGCUGUGAUGUUUUAAAAAUAGAAGUCAGAGAAACUGACUGACACUUGGUCCAUAGAUAAUUAAUGAAUAGUAAGGCAUUGUAUUAUCUGGACAACCCUUAAGUUCAUCCUACAUAGUUAAUUUUUGUUUGUACAAGCAGAUCUGUUCAAAUUAAAUCAUGUUUAACAUUUAUGAUUUUGUCAGGGAGAAAUAUUAUUAUGUACCUUGAUUGAAGUUACUGAUCAUCAUGUUAUGAAGAUGAGAAAUGAGAAAAUAAUUUAAAGAAAAGUGUUUAUGCAGGAAUGUGCACGUGUUGUUAUGAAUAUUUUGAAGAAGAAAAAGAAAUGUGUCUGUGUUGGAAUGUGUUGUGAUAUGUUGAAGACAGUUUUAAAUGAAAUUUGUCUAUGCUGGAAUAUUUUGAGUUACAAAGAUGUUGAAAGGAUUUAAAGAACUGUUUUUCUAUGCUGGAAUAUUUUAAGAUGUGAAGGUGUUGAGAGUAUUUCUGGAGAAAAAAAAUGUGUCUUUACUAGAAUGUGUUGUUUAUGCAAAAUUUGAACUGCAUCUUUAGUUUUCCUACAUGUACAUAAUAGUACUGUAAGUUAACUCUAAAAACUUAAUAAUUCUUAACACAGAAUUAUUCCGUCCAUUCAAACUAGAAGAAUAACAUAUUUUUUGUGUAAAUAAAAGGUUAAUAAUUGAAUAUCUAAAUUUAUUAAUUUAUAUUUUCUUCUUGAUGUUUUAUGUCUUAAUGAUGUUACUGUUGUAAAUAAUGUACAGGUGUGAUAAUAUUUUCUCAUUAAACCAUCCUUUUCUUCCCAACCACACUACACCUGCAAUGCACUCCAUUUAAACAUGUUCAGCAUACAGUUUGCGUUUGCCAGGAAGUUGAUUUUUAUAUUCAGGAUUAUUUUAUUUUAAUUGAGUAACAAUGGUUCCCUGGAGGAAUUUCUGUGUAGAUCAGACUCCUGGGGUUUUGAUGUGUUUUUAAUUUUGAUCUGAUGUUUGUUAUCAGGUACAGUACUAAACUACUUCCACAUGUAUUUAAACUGAACCUUCUACUUUGAUCUAUUUUAAUGUUUUGGGAUUGUGAUGGACACUCAUUUUGCAGUUGGACCUCGUUAUUACAAAACAAAACAAGUAUUAAUUCAGUAUUUAUUUCGAAAUGUUUUGCGAUUUAACCUGGCACAUUUAAAAGGUCAAUCAGAUUGUUAUGUGGUCCCAGCAAUACUGUAAACAUACCUAUCAGUAUUUCAGUGUUCACCUUAUACUCGUAGCAGUUUUCAUUUUGAUUGGAAAGCUCUACAUUUUACCUACCACCAAAUGUAAAAUCACUUUAUCUAUGCAUUUUAUAGAUAGAUUUAACACUGAACAUAUGAUACUUGUAAAUGCAGUCACUACCUGGUAAGUGAGUGCUUAAUCAUAUUAUAAAGUAGGUUUUCAUUACAAUAAGGUUGGAUGGUAAACUUGCUUAGACAUUUGAACCAACAGUUGCUUUCUCAUUUAGUGCCUCACUAGUUAGUGUACAGUGUUCUAUUUAGUGUAUCUUAGCUUUGGCUCCAUAAGUGACAAGUCUACUGUUUAACCUAGAAAUGUAUGAGUUGACAAAAAAAGUGCAAUAAAUUGUAAUUGUCACUUGGGUUUAGAUCUUGAUAUAGGUUGAAAUUAUUCAGGCAUUAAGUCCUUUCAACUGUUUGAAUAGAAUGAUCACUUUUUAACUGUAUGUUAAAGAUACUUAUACAUUGUAUAAAAUGUGUACAUAAACAUUGAUGAAAACAAUACAUUUAUUUAAAAAAAAAAAAUGUGUAUGAUUAUAAAAGGUGUAUUUCACUGUCAGGUGUUUUAGUGAGUUCAUCCUUUGCUUGAUGUGGACACUUAAUUGUACAUUAUAGGAGUGCUACUAUCUUAUAUUUUAUUGUUAUGAAUUCCAUUUUGAGGUUUGAAAUUAAUUUAGAUAGAUUGUCCCAUGACCCACUAUUGUGCAAUUUGUACAUAAUGUAUUGUGUUGUCUCCCCUACGAUUAAAUAAGAUGACACAAACUCUUACACUAAAACCCAGUAUCUUACUAUCUAUGUUUAAUCUUAGAUACACUGAGUACACUUGUUAGUUGAUUGUUAGUAUUGUUAAAUCCUCUAAAGUAUUUAGACUACAUGUACUUGUUGUCGUUGUUAAAAUAAUUCUAUAAAAUCCUUUGAAAUAUUGAAUUACAGUUUACAAAAACAGAAACUUGUCUGGUAUAAUAGAAGUGUUUGACAUCGCAUUUAGUGCUAAAAUUUUAAAAAUGAAAGUACCAAUGUCAAAGGUUAGGGUAUAUACCGGUAGAUACUGCUACAUCAGUGUUUCCUUAGGUUCGGGUUCAUAUAGAUCCUGUUCCAUCAGAAUUCCCUAAGAUACUGCUACAUCAAGACUCAUGUAGAUUGGGCUAUGUAUAUACUGCAACAUCAAGAAUUCUUUUUACAAGGUCAAAUACAUGUAGAAACUGAUACAUCAUGGGGUAGCAAUUAAUAUUAUCUACAUCAAGUGUUACAAUUAAAAAAAGAUGUUUUUAUUCUGAACCCAUGUUGACUAAUUAUUCCUUGUGUGCUGUAUUGUUUGUUAAAUCUUCCAGUGUUUCCCUGGUAUUGUCUAUAUGUAUUGAAAGAGACAGACAGAGAGAGAGAUAGAGAGAGAACCAAGUGAUUUUUGAAUGAGAAAUGUUGCAUUGUCAAGACAUGCAUGUUAAGCUGAUGUUUGCUAUUCAAAAGAUAUAUAGAAAAUAAAGUCACCUUUUGAAAUGUUA